UCUGAAAACCUCUCGCUCUCGCGAGCACGGCCGGCCGUCCAUCCCUCCAUAGCCAGAGCGCACUACAGGCUUUCUCCCUCUCUAAAAAUGGAAGGCAGGUAAGGCGACGAAGAGCACAGCCUGUUCAACAAUUCAUCACCAGUCGAGGGAAGAAGCCAUUCUGUUUGGGCUGAAUCGGAUCAGGGAAGAAGAAGAAGAAGAAGAAGAAGAAGAAGAUGGAUCAGUACGAGGUGCUGGAGCAGAUUGGGAAGGGCUCCUUUGGCUCUGCGCUCCUGGUCAGGCACAAGGUUGAGAAGAAGAGGUAUGUCUUGAAGAAGAUCCGGCUCGCCCGCCAGACUGCCAGGUGCCGUCGAUCCGCGCACCAAGAGAUGGAGCUCAUCGCGAAAGUAAGGAGCCCGUACAUUGUGGAGUACAGAGAUUCUUGGGUGGAGAAGGGCUGCUAUGUGUGCAUCGUGAUCGGUUACUGCGAGGGAGGGGACAUGCUAGAGGCCAUUAAGAAGGCUAACGGCAGCCAUUUCCCGGAGGAGAAACUCUGUGUGUGGCUUGUGCAGCUCCUGAUGGCGCUUGAUUACCUGCAUGCCAGUCAUAUCCUUCAUCGAGACGUGAAGUGUUCAAAUAUAUUUCUUACAAAGGACCAAAAUAUACGGCUCGGUGAUUUUGGGCUGGCUAAAGUAUUGACUUCUGAUGAUUUAGCUUCAUCGGUUGUGGGAACUCCCAGUUACAUGUGCCCUGAGCUUCUUGCUGAUAUUCCAUACGGCUCCAAGUCCGACAUAUGGUCGCUAGGAUGCUGCAUCUAUGAGAUGACUGCGCUGAAGCAUGCAUUCAAAGCAUUUGAUAUGCAGACACUGAUAAACAAGAUUAACAAGUCUGUCGUCGCUCCUCUACCGACUAUAUAUUCGGGUGCAUUUAGGGGCCUCAUCAAAAGCAUGCUGCGCAGAAAUCCGGAUCACAGACCAAGUGCUGCGGAUCUGCUAAACCACCCGCAUCUUCAGCCCUAUGUGUUGGAAAUCCAAUCGAAAUCAAGUCCGGCUCGCAAUAUGUUCACAGCUAUACUUCCUAACAGACAUGAAAAAAACAAGACUGCAUGUUCUGAUGAUGAAGAAACUUGCAAACCCCAAUAUGUUAAGAGUCAUUCAUUUAAAGCACAGAGGAUUGUGGAACUUGACAAUGCCACUGCUAACAAUGGCCCUCCUCAGUCUACCAGAACAGCAAAAGAUUGUUCAGAACCGCUUCAUCAACAGAUGGGUCAGUUACCAGUCCAGGUCAACGAAGUUGUCAAAGAAGCGAUGGAUGAUAAACAUUCAAAAGAAAAAGGAUCACCAGCACGUACCCCUCGAAGGGCGUCCUCUACUCCUAGGAGACGGCUAGAACCUGCAAAAACAUUUCAUGCUAGAACAGCUCACAAAGAGGAGCCUCCCCCAUCAGGAUCUUCAGUGGAUCAGACAAUACAAGCUACACGGCGAGCAUCACUUUCCCCACACAUGUUCAAAGCAGCUGAGAAGAGGCGAGUCGUCAACAUUCUCACCAAAUUGAAGUCUCCUGAUGUUUCAGUUAACGCACCUCGAAUCGACAGAAUUGCUGAAUUCCCACUGGCAUCCUCUGAAGAUCCGUUGUAUCCCAUCAUGAAGCUCUUGCCACCAUCUAUCACUGACAAAUCGAUCACCAAGGACAAAUGCACUUUCCAAGUGCUCCGGGGGGGCAGCGAAAGCCACACCAACACUCAUGAUCCGAACCUGCUCAGUAUCGACAAUAAUCAAGUCGGAAGUUCGUCCGAUUGGAGGCAGAAGAGGUUUGACACGACGUCCUACCGGCAGCGAGCUGAGGCUCUAGAGGGCUUGCUUGAGUUCAGUGCCCAGUUGCUCCAACAAGAGAGACUUCAGGAGCUGGGGAUCUUGCUAAAGCCUUUUGGGCCUGGGAAGGCGUCUCCAAGAGAGACAGCCAUAUGGUUGUCAAAGAGCUUCAAAGAAACGGGAUUAUAAGGAGAGGCCUCAGAAGGAAAACAUAAACCCACAAUAAUUUGCAUUUUAUUAGCUUCAGGCAGUACAGUUCCACUGUGUAAACACCCCACCCACCUCCCUUGUGGACCAGUACUCCAAUUUUCUGACCUGAAAUUGUCUUGUGAAUACAACUCCAAAACCAUGUUGACAUUUUGAGAAAAUAACAGUUCUUGGAUGUACUUCAA